UACCUAUGGUUCCGUAUAUAACGUAAGCAUAAUUAUCCAAAAUUUAAUAUGCACAGAAUGUGUAUAAUAUAAAGUCUGUUUGUUUAUCCUUUUCGUGACCACUUCACAUCUUCUAUAAAUAGUCACAGCCAAGAAUCUCUUUGCCUCCAUCUCUCUCUCUCUCUCUCUCUCUGUGACGCACAAAAUAGCAAUGGAGGGUGUUAGGGUUUCUAUAGCAUGCACUCUUCUUCUCCUGGCUGCAUCUUCAAUGGCUUCGGCAGCUAUUGUCGAACACACCUUCCAAAGACGUCACCUUUUUGUGGCAGGGGGAAAAAUUAAAGCUCAGACGAUAACGGCCGUUAACGGAAGCCUUCCGGGACCAACACUACGUGUCGAGGAAGGUGACACGCUCGUUGUCCACGUUGUCAACCAAUCUCCUCACAACAUUACCAUUCACUGGCAUGGGAUAUUUCAGCGGUUGAGCGCGUGGGCAGAUGGGCCGAGCAUGAUAACACAGUGUCCGAUACGACCGGGUCAAAGCUAUACGUACAGGUUUACCAUCACGGGUCAGGAAGGCACACUAUGGUGGCACGCUCACGCUUCUUUCCUCCGAGCCACCAUCUAUGGUGCCCUCAUCAUCCGGCCUAAGUCUGGCCACUCUUACCCUUUCCCUAAACCCGACAAGGAAAUCCCCAUCUUACUUGGAGAAUGGUGGAACACAGACGUGGUUGAACUUGAGAAUGCUGCCCUCGCCACCGGUAUUCCUCCUAACAAUUCCGACGCUUUCACGAUCAACGGCUUACCCGGAAACCUAUAUCCAUGCUCCAAUAACCGGAUGUUUAGCCAAGGAGUGGUGAAAGGGAAGAGGUAUCUUCUCCGAAUCAUAAACGCGGCAAUGAACAUACAAAUGUUCUUCAAGAUAGCCAAUCACAAGCUGACAGUUGUCGCCGUUGACGCAGUCUACACCACCCCUUACGACACGGACCUGGUCGUGAUCGCUCCAGGUCAGACCGUUGACGCCAUCCUGCUGGCCGACCAACCCGUCGGGUCCUACUACAUGGCGGCUCAUCCGUACGCCAGCGCUCCCGUCGCCCCCUUCCCCAACACCACCACCAGAGGCGUCAUCCACUACGGCGGCGCGUCUUCCACCACGCGCCACCGCCCUGUCCUCAUGCCUAAGCUUCCGUCCUUCUUCGACACCCCCACGGCAUACAGGUUCUACUCGAACCUGACGAGCCACGUGGGUGCUCCUCACUGGGUCCCGGUUCCACGCCACGUGGACGAGGAGAUGCUCGUGACUGUAGGGCUCGGUCUCGAGGCAUGCACGGACAACGCCACGUGUCGAGGACCGAAAUUCUCGGCAUCGAUGAACAACCGGUCGUUCGUGUUGCCGAAGACGUUGUCGGUGUUGCAGGCGGCGUUCUACGGCGUCGGAGGAGUUUUCACUGCGGAUUUUCCCGAUCAACCUCCGGUGAAGUUCGAUUACACGAAUCCGAACAUAACACAACUGAACCCGCCACUGCUGUUCGCUCCCAAGAAGACAAGCGUGAAGGUGCUGAAAUUCAACUCGACGGUGGAGAUGGUUCUUCAAAACACGGCGCUUAUUGCGGCGGAGUCUCACCCGAUGCACCUUCACGGCUUCAACUUCCACGUCUUGGGUCAAGGAUUCGGGAACUACGAACCGACCAGGGACCGGAAAAAUCUCAAUUUUUUCAACCCGCAAUUCCGCAACACUCUCGCUGUUCCGGUUGGUGGCUGGGCCGUCAUCCGGUUUACAGCUGAUAAUCCGGGGGCAUGGAUAAUGCACUGCCACAUCGACGUUCACUUGCCGUUCGGGUUAGGAAUGGUGUUCCUUGUCAAGAACGGACCGACGCCGGCGACCAUGUUGCCACCGCCGCCGCCGGAUCUGCCGCACUGUUAAAUCGGAGGGGCGUUUUCGUAAAAACUGAAAAAAGAUAAAUUACAAAUCUUUUUUUUUUCUAGUAAAAUAUUAUUCAGUGAAUACCGUGUCUUUUUUUUACUCGAACUAAUUGAAUUUGUUCAUUGUGUCCCAGUGGCGAGCUUAAAUUUUUAUUGUUUUUCUUUUUUAAGUUAUUUUGUAUUGUCAACAAUAAUUAUCCAUUUGAAAUUGGAUAGUAGCUAAGUCAAAAUUAGCUACUAUAUAUAAUUGUGCAAUAUCGGUUUUGUCGUC